UCCAUCUCUCUCGGUCUUGGUCUCUUUGUUCUUCUCUCUAGAAUAUCUGAGAGGCUUUUCUCAGCCCCUUUUUGUGUUGUCUCUAGAUAUCAUUGAAUCUUCAGUUGGUUUUGAUAUAAUUUUGGUCUAUCUCUCGACAUUGUCGUUGGAGGUUUCAUUGGUCCCUCUCUAGAACUUUACAGGGUUUUUCUGUUAAUGUUUGUUUUCUAUAGAGAAUACCCAAAUCUAAUAGGGUUUUUCUGUUAAAGUGAUUAUACGGAAUAUCGAUGCCCAACUUUAACAGGGUCAAGCUAGUUUAUUUUACUCAUUUAACUGAAGAAUCGUUCAUAGGGUCCUCCUUUUGUUCCUUUGAGAGAGUGAGAGGUGGGUUGAUGGAGUCCUCUCGAGAAGUGGUGGUGGUGACGUCGCCUUUGGAUUCAGGGAUUAGUAGCUUUGAACUGGGUUCUGGCUCAGAGGGUCUCCGCCUUCGCUCCUGCACUGCUCAUCGUCAUGGCCUCACUUGCCUUGGUACUCACUUCCUGGCCUCUUCUCAAAUCCAAAAUUCCAACUCUGGUGCCAUUUUCUACUGGUCUUGGAACAAGCCUCAACCAGUAAUUAAAAGCUUCCCUGUUGAACCAAUCAAACCUCUUGCUUCGAAUGCUGAUGGCACAUAUAUUGUUGGGGGAGGUUCGUCAGGAACUAUUUACUUGUGGGAGGUGGCAAGUGGCAAAAUGAUUAGGAAGUGGUCUGCCCAUUUUAGAGCAGUCACUUGCUUGGUCUUCGCUUGCGAUGAAUCUCUGUUAAUCUCUGGGGCUGAGGAUGGAAUGGUCAUGGUUUGGUCUUUGCUUAAGAUAUUAGAUGAUGCAGGAUCAUCAGUGCAUCGUGAACACAGUUUUUCUGGUCACAGUUUACCGAUAACUGACAUUGUAUGUGGCUUUGGAGGGUGUAAUUCAACUAUUGUAUCUUCUUCAGAGGAUUAUACUUGUAAGGUAUGGAGCUUAUUAACAGGUCUCUUGAGAACUGUUAAAUUUCCAUCUGUAAUUAAUUCCGUUCAGCUGGAUGCUGGCGAAUAUGCGCUUUAUGCUGGCAGCAGAGAUGGCAAAAUAUAUGUUGCUGAUCUCAAUUCAGGACAUUCCUCCCACAGCAUCUAUGGUGCAGAUAUUGUUUGUGCAUUAUCUGAUCAUAGUAAAGCUGUGACAAGUUUGGCCUUUAGUAUGGAUGGAUUUUCAUUAGUUUCUGGAUCAGAGGAUGGCACUGUUCGGGUGUGGGAUGUAGUAAGCAGCCAGUGUAUUCGCAUAUUUAAACAUGGAAAAGGACCUAUCAACAAUGUUCUCAUUGUACAACUACGAACCUCAUUAAGUGAUCCUUCAUUGGCUCGGAUGUCUAAUUCGAUAUUGGGAAAGAAUCGAUUUUCUUUACCAUCUCCACUGGAGAAGUAUCUUAGUAAGAGGGAUGAGAAUCCUGAUGGAAGCAUCAAUGUUGGACCUGUAGUUGCGCUUCGCUCUAACCCUUUCCAUUCAUUGGAUGGCCAAUCCUUCAACAGUCUUACCGUGUUGUUGAAUCAAAUCAAAGAACUCCAGCAACAGGGUUCUUCAGCAACUUCACAAAUGGAGUUGGAAAGGCUAAAAUCGGAUCUUGGGAGAGCCAUGCAAAUGGUUCAGAGAUGGCAAGAUGUCUAUCAAGAUUUAUAUAGCUUCUCCACAGCAGAGCUUCUGAGUAAUGUUGACAUGACGGGUGUUGAAUGAUCGUUGAGAUCCUUUUAUGGCAUUUAAUAGAUUUUUGUUGGAUUGAGUUCUUUUGUUGGGUGAAAUGCCAUAGUCCAAGGGUGCCCCAUGUCUACAUCAACCGAUGAUUCCCUUUCACAGAUAAUUGAAGAUUGUCAGGAGUAGGGUCCAUUGGGACAUUCAUUUAGCUUCUGUUUUCCUCCAGCCGCUCAUCAGGGAAUGCAGGGUGGAUGUAGAUUGAAGAAAGAUACGCCAUAGUCUAUUGAGGGUAUGCUAUCUCUUGUUGUUUACCUUCAAUGGAGAAUAAUGGCCGAGGGAUUGUUACCCGUUCAUCUUGCAUGUGGACACCAUACACCAGCUGUGGACACAAACAUAUGGUACGUCAUGAGGAUAUCCGCUGUCCACUCCCUAUGAUGGACGUUGGAGAUUACCCAUAGAUCCCUGUGAUAAGGGGGAUGGGUAAAUCUUGAAGCCAACGGUAGGCAUACUUCAUUAUGUAAUCCAUCCGUUUUUAGGGACGUUC